AUUCAAGAAACUAUCAUUGAAGUCGACCGCGAAUAAUUAAACCACUUUAAACCUUUUUAAGUAGGUAUAAAUAAGUAUUUUUUAAUUUAAGUACCUAAUGAUGGCAACCACAGCUGUAACAAAUAUCAAAUCGGCGGCUAAAACAAUCAUCAACUUUAAUAAAGACUUGCAUAAUUAGAUAAUUAUAUUUAAAACAGUGCAUAGGUACCUUAAAAACUUAAUGUUAUAAAUAAUUAUAACAAAGGGUUUAUCGCUUGACCCCCACAAGCUGACGUAAAAUUAUAACAGAAUUCAUUCAACCGCUAACCGCGUGCGGGACAGGACGUUUUACAGUAUCAAUUUAUUUAAACGAUAAAAUAUGUCAAGGCCAAUUUUGUCAUCCCACGUGCUCGAUACAUCUUCAGGCCGACCCGCGGCCGGACUAUUUGUAGAACUAUAUAAGAAAAAAGAAGAAAAGUGGCUUUUAUGGCACAACACAAUGACCAAUAGUGAUGGAAGGAUUCAAUUUCCGUUCACUAAGGAAUCGAUGGACGCUGGCACGUAUAAACUUCAAUUCAAAGUUGGCGAUUACUUCAAAUGUGUGGACAAAGAGACUUUUUAUCCUUAUGUAGAGAUAGUAUUCAAUACAAAAGAGGGUGAACACUACCACGUGCCGCUACUGCUUAGCCCAUACGGAUACUCUACCUACAGGGGUAGCUAAUGGGCACAAUAUCUACUUCAGGCACAAUCUACCUAUUUCAUGCAUACCUAAUUAAAUAAAAGUAAUUAUUUGUCGUUGUUAUUAUUAUAAAUAAAAUAUUCU